UCAACGAUGAAGCCUUCUAUCUGGACGUAUUAUUCCGCAUCUCUUCAAUUGCUCUUGUGCUUUUGUCAGGUCCACGGAUUAAUGUACGAAGUGGUGAUCGAUUCGGUCGAACCAGACGCGCAAAACGACAAAAGAUACAUCACAGUGGAUUCGAUUCGAAUAACGCGAAAAAAGCGCAACAAUUACGUCGUGAACGCUGACUUUGAAAUGUACCAGAAUUUGGGCAACGACAUUCCCGUGCGAUACGACAUUUACUAUGCGGGCUCUAGUCAUCCGUUUGUAAGUGGAAAAACUAACUUUUGCGAUUUCUACAACAUGGACGACAAAAUCAUCAAUGCGAUUCGUGCGGCCUCAACGAUGCCACCGAGGGGAACCUGUCCGUUUCCGAAGGGCAAGUACACCAUCAGUGGGUACCAACUACACGAGCAGGAUCUGCCACCGAUGCUUCCGAAGGGAUCGUACCUCGUCGUCGCCAGAGUAGAUAGCUUUGAAGAGAAACUAAUUUUCGGUUAUAGCAUUCUGGUGACUGUUACUUAAAGGUUACAUUGGUUUCAAAUCCCGAGGUCGCAAAUAGACUACCGGUAAAAACUAUAGGCGGCCUCCGUUUAAAAUCAGAGAAACAUCUUGUACAGGUUUCCGGUACAGAUUUGGUUUUUAUUGCCAAAGUUUUUCCGCCAUUAACCGAAUCGAAAACCGUCAUGCUUUGUUGGGUCGUUUUUAGUUUCUCCGUCUGCAAGUAAAU